CCGAGGUUAGGUGUUUUUUGGUACACGCUUGCUUGCAUGCAUGCUGUAUUAAUAAGGCGGUUAGUAAAUACAGUAUUUCACUAAUUAGGACUGUCCUGCAGGGUGUAAGGCUACGAGAAUUUCAAGAGCCAUGUCUAAAGAGCCUGGUACCAGUGAGUCCCAGUCCCAGACCCAGUCCCAGUCCCAGACCCAGUCUCAGGGCAGCUCCAGUUCCUCCUCCAGUGGUACUCAAAGCUCAAGUCAGUCGUCCACAAGCUCGGGGACUCUCAGCUCCGUGGACACCGUGCCGACCCAGGAGCUGGCCUCCAUCCCAGAGGAACCCGAGGAGCCCGUGCCACAGCCCUGGGGUCGCCUCUGGGCUCUAGGAAGAGGGUUCACAAAUCUUGACUGCAUAAAGGAAAACUACUGGUUUGGAAGGCGGGCAUGUGAUUACACCUUCCAAAAUACCGAUAAAUUAUUAACUUACAGCAAAAGACAUUUUAGAAUAUUCAGGGAGCAGGGGUUUGCUUACAUUGAGGACCACAGCGGCAAUGGGACCUUUAUGAAUGGGCUGCUAAUUGGGAAAGAAAACAGGUUACCGCUGGCCAACAAUGCAGAGCUGGCUCUUUGCUUUCCUCAAAACAAAGUUUUUGUGUUUUCUGACCUCACUGUCGAUGAACAAUCCAACCUCCCUCAAGAAUUCAAAGAAAAGUACAUUAUUUCAAGAAAAAUUGGAUCGGGUGUAUGUGGAGAGGUGAAAUUGGCAUUUAAAAGGUCGACUUGCAAGAAGGUUGCAGUGAAAACUAUCAGCAAAAAAGAUUUUCUGUCAAGCACAAACUUGUCUUCAAACGCUGAAAGGGAAAUAGAAAUUUUAAAGAAAAUAGAUCAUCCCUGCUUAAUAAAGACUGAAGAUUUUUUCCAGACUGAAGAAAUGUAUUGUAUUGUCUUAGAAUUAAUGGAAGGUGGUGAACUGUUUGACAGAGUCCGCCAGUCAACGAAAUUGAAAGAAUCUACAGCCAAGCUGUUUUUCUACCAGAUGCUUCUUGCAGUCCAGUAUCUCCAUGAAAAUGGCAUAAUCCAUAGAGAUCUUAAACCAGAAAAUAUACUGCUAGCAUCCAAUGAAGAAUGCUGCCUUAUAAAGAUCACAGAUUUUAAUCAGUCGAAGAUUUUGGACGAAAGCUCUCUGAUGAGGUCUCUGUGUGGCACGCCCACGUACCUCGCGCCUGAGGUUUUCACAGAUGCUACAACCGUCGGCUAUAACCGGGCGGUGGACUGCUGGAGCCUGGGGGUCCUGCUUUUUGUUUGCCUUGGCGGAUAUCCUCCAUUCCACUCUCAGGACACUAAGAUACCGAUUCGGGAUCAGAUCACCAGGGGCUACUACAGAUUCCUUCCCUCAGCCUGGAUGGAAGUUUCUGACCUGGCCAAGGAUGUUGUAAAGAAACUGCUUGUUGUCAAUCCAAAGGAAAGACUUACGAUCGAACAAGCCUUGCAACACCCUUGGCUGCAGGAUGAGUUGAUGAGAGAGACGGCUAAGAAGCUCAUGUAUCCAGAGACCUUAAUGCCACCACCAACUGCAGUGGAGCAGCUGCAGCCCGGAGCUUCUACAAGCAGAAAGAGGCCAAGGGAUGACGACGGUGAUGGCCAGCAAGCCAAGCAGAAGCUGAGUGAAUCAUCUUCAGUUUGAAAAGUGUUUAUCCAGGAAUAU